UCCCAUCUUACCUUAAUCUGCUCGAUUGACCCUUUUACUAGCUUAUUUUAUCCCACGUUGCAAUUUUUGUACCAAUGAAAAAUUAACAGGAUGAACCAGUAACUGUUCUGCUGGAAUUUUCCAUUCCAAAGAUCUACUUUAUUUCACAACACGCUAAACUCAGAACCAAUGACAACCAGGGACACCGAUGCUUUCCUGCACAGGACCCAUGGAAAAGAACAGUUGGGUUCGAGCCCUCCAUUGUCCCGCAAAAGGAAAUCAGCCAAUGAUUGGAUGAAUAAAUCAUUCAAAGUCACGAUUCGCACCUUUUUGCAAGCAACCAUUCGAUUUGGAUCGUACUAUGGCAACAAAAAUGCGUGUCCAAGUUAAUUGAAAGAGCGGGUUCCCUUAUAGUAUGUUGCUUUAUGAUCCAUAUUCAACCAUCAGACAGAGCUUUAGAGUAUAAUACCUUGGAAAAAUAUGGGGAGAGGGAUAAAAAAAGAUGGCGGCGGUUCAAACCCGAAAAGAUUGACAAUUUGAGACUCCGUCGUCCCAAAAGUGUUUUUUUUGUUAUUUUUUCUAGAUCUCGGGCUUUCUCUUCCCUUCAACUCUUCUUCUUUUCAAUAAACGUUGCAACGAUGAGUGAGCGAAUAGCGGCGUUUGACGAAAAGUCGACUCAAUCGAUUCCAGAAGAAGUUUUGUAUACCGACGUACCAGCGACAGAGAUCAAAUCAGCCGCCAGUUUCGAGCAAUUAUCACCGCCUGAUGGUGGACGCGGUUGGGUUAUUGUCGCUGCUUCCUUUUGCGGUUUGUUCUCCAUAUUUGGCUACAAUUACUCCUGGGGUGUGUUUCUCAACUACUAUAAUCGAUAUGUUUUCGUGGACCAGAUGCCCACAUUGUCAUGGAUUGGAUCUAUUUGCGUGGCCUUGUUCUUCAUUCUGGGUCCCAUCAAUCAAUUGGUGAUUCGUAAAAUGGGAUACAAGUACAUGCUGGCUACCGGCACCGUUUUAUGCUCAGUUGCAUUGAUCUUGGCCAGUUUUGCUACACAGGUGUGGCAUGUAUUUUUGACCCAAGGUGUCCUGUUUGGUGUUGGCGCUUCAUUUGUAUGGUUCCCUUGUAUUGGAGCUCCGCAGCAAUGGUUCUCAGAACGACGAGGACUGGCAGUAGGGAUUGCCAUGUCUGGAUCCGGCAUUGGUGGUCUGUGUGUCUCCAAUAUUGCUCAAGCCAUCAUCGCUUCGCUUGGCUAUCGAUGGGCGUUGCGUAUCAUCGGUAUCAUGUGCUUUGCUCUUCUUUCCCUUGCCACCGUCUUUGUUCGGCCUCUGGGCACGGCUCGCCAAACCGGUGGUCAUGACAAGGUUAUCAAUUGGUAUCUGUUCAAAAAUCCGCAAUUCACCAUCAUGUUCUUGCACGGCCUCAUUACAACCUUUGGUUACAUGACGCCCUUCUUUUUACUUCCAGCGCAUGCUGCUAGUCUCGGAUUGAGUCCAUGGAUUGGUACGAAUUUGUCUGCCAUCAUGUCGGGCGUCAACGCUGCGGCCCGUAUUUGUACAGGUUACAUGGGCGAUAAACUCGGUCGAUUCAACAGCUUGUUCCUUUGCACGUUUUUGGCGGGUGUUUCUUGCUUGACGAUCUGGAUCAAUGUGCACAAUGCAGCGACCUUGUGGGCAUUCGCUGCGUUGUAUGGUUUCUUUGGUGGUGGCUAUGUGGCGUUAUUUCCUACCGUGCAACCGCAAGUGGUUGGUUUGGAACACAUUUCACCGGCGGUUGGUUUGCUGUACUUUACGAAUCUUUUCGGUUACAUGUUUGGCACCCCCAUUGCUUCAGCUCUGAUGCGUCUUUCGGAUCCUCCGGAUUACCGUGCAGGUGCCAUUUGGGCAGGCUGCACUGUUAUUGUUGGCGCGUUGUUCGCUGGUUGGCUGCGCGUAAAGAAAGCCGGUUGGAAGCUCAUUAGAGUAUAGUUUUAGAUCCUUAUUCAUGUUCCUUCUCAUCCUUGUUCUCAUUUUCAUAUUUUUCAAAUUGUCGUCAUUUUGUUUUUUGUCUUUUUUUUAUAAAAAAAAUGUAUAGAGUCGUUCCCACAUCCCCGUUCCGCAGCACAGCAGUCUCGCGUUCCUUAUAAAAAAUUCAGGCGAAUUUUUGAUUGUUCG